AAUGGCAGCUUCUUAUUAUGACAAACUUCAGGAUGAUACAGUUUUCUUCAAUAUGUUUGAUAUUCCUUAUGGGCCUUGUACAUGCUUCAUUUCUUGAUGGAACUUACAGUGAAAAAUAUCAAGAUGAAAAGUCUGGGGAUGAAUUUUCCCAGAGAAAUGAUUUGAAGUUUAGACAAUAUACUGACAGUAUAAUAGUUGGAAGUGUUUUCAAAGAACACUUUAUGUCCAAAUAUAAAUCUCAUCUCGCAAACCUGCAAUGUGAAGUCUUUGAUGUAUGUGGGGAGUGUGGAGGGACUAGAGUUGACAAAUGCAACGUUUGUGGUGGCAACAACCGUUGUGAUGUAGUCAGCUGUGAUGUUAACAACCACGGACAUCAGCUCGAUGCAUGUGGCAACUGCCUUCUUCCUGAUCUUCCCUCCUGGAACAAUUGCUCAGCAGUAAUAUCCAUUAGACCAUUAGUAUUAGACCAAGCAUUGAAUUCUCCAGUACAACUGAAGUUAGAACUGUCAAAGUCUUUUGAGGAAGGUGACCAGAAUCUGAAAUGUGUUGUUGAACAAAACAAUGCAUCAACUGAUGCCACAGUGACAGCAAUGGAUGAUAACCAAGUGACAUUGUCAGUUCCUCUACAGAGUUUUACUCCAGAAGUAGAAUCCAAGCUGAACUGUGAGGGCUGGACUCUGCCCCAACACACCCUCAUGGUGGUCAACAGUCUGCGACUUACUGUAUCCUCUGUAUCCCCAAACAAAAUCUCUCUUGGGCAGUAUACCAAGCUCACGCUUAUGGUUCAUGGAAUCCCUGCUCCUAUGGAUCUUUUCUGCUUCGUAACCAAUCGAAAUCGCACGAUGCUGAUGAUUCAACCAACCAACCAGAUAGCAGGCAACCCCAUAUCUUCCUCGGUGGUCUGCGAUGUGACUGUCUUUCAGUUCCCAGACUCUCAGCUGUUCCUCGGAGUUUCAUUUACCAGGAAUAUUGAGACUUAUUUUAACAAAAUGUCUACUAACAAUACAAUAACACUAGAGCUGGUGUCAACUCCCCUGACACCACUUCAAGCCGACUAUUCUGAGGAUCUAAACCAAGUGCUGAUAAAGUUCAAUCAGAACAUUGAAGGUCCAGCUGAUUGUUCCGGAGUGUUCAGGACCAACUCUCUCCAACUACUAGGAACUGGACAGUAUAGGAGAAGGACAUUCGAGUCGUGGAUCCCAGUGAGUGAGGAUAGCGUGUGUCUAGUGAGACGUCCAGUGGUGUACGUAGAGAGGAGUGCUGUGGUGACAUCGGUGUCGUGUGAGGUUGGUGCUCAAGGAGUGAGUGUCGGCAUUCAAGUUGGGUAG